UGGCACGGAGCUGGGGACACGUUUCCAGACCGACCCUGGCCCUGGGCUGUUGGGGCUGUUGCUGCUGCCGCUGCCACUGGCCAGAGUGAGUGAUGUCAGGAGGGCCUUGCCGGCAGGUUGGUGCCUCCUCUUCCAAAUCAGUGUCAGCCAGGACUACCUUUCCAUUUUUUGGAGACUCCAGGGCAGUGGCUCUUAGGUCCGUUGGACACAGGAGAGCCGACCCUGGGAAGUCCCUUGGAUUGAGCCCCGGGGGUGUCUCGGAGCUCAGUGUGUCAUUGCCUUGGCUGGGUUCUGCCCCACGCCCUAAUCCCUGCUCUGAGCUAUAACAGGGGCUGGAGGUGCCCAGGCAGCAGCAGCAGCAGCAUGAAACGGAGGCGAGAGAGACUGGGAGCCCCAUCUCUUCGGAUCCAAAUCUCUUCUCUUGGUCGAGGAAACAGUGAUGUCCAUCCACACUUACCCUCUUCGGCAUCGGCGCCUGCCCUGUGCCACCCCCAGCUUCCUCUCAGUGCCGAUGGGGCCUUUGCCACAGCUCCUCCGGUCUUUUUCCUGAACCUGCCAGCGCAGAGUGGCCCUGGAAGCUGCCACCCGUUCCUGUGGAGUUGUAGGACGAGCCAGCGAAAGAGUCUGAUUGUUCCGUCUAGCACGUCCCCAACCCUGCCCCGGCCCCACUCACCGCUGCACGGCCACCCAGGUGGUAGUCCUCUGGACAGUCCCCGGAAUUUCUCUCCCAAUGCUCCAGCCCCACACUUUUCCUUCGUUCCUGCCCGCAGCCAUGGACACAGAGCAGACAGGACGGAUGGACGUCGCUGGUCCUUGGCCUCUCUUCCUUCCUCUGGUUAUGGAACCAACACCCCUAGCUCGACUGUCUCUUCCUCCUGCUCCUCUCAGGAAAAGCUGCAUCAGCUGCCCUUCCAGCCCACAGCGGACGAGCUGCACUUCUUGACAAAGCAUUUCAGCAGCGAGAACGUCCCGGACGAGGAGGGCCGCCAGUCGCCAGCCAUGAGGCCCCGCUCACGCAGCCUCAGCCCCGGCCGCUCCCCAGUCUCCUUUGACAGUGAAAUAAUAAUGAUGAAUCAUGUGUACAAAGAAAGAUUCCCCAAGGCCACAGCGCAGAUGGAGGAGCGGCUGGCCGAGUGCAUAGCCUCAAAUGCUGCUGAGAAUGUGCUGCCCUUGGCAGAUGGGGCCCUGAGCUUCAUCCACCAUCAGGUCAUUGAGCUGGCCCGGGACUGCCUGGACAAAUCCCGCAAUGGGCUCAUCACAUCGCGCUACUUCUAUGAACUUCAGGAGAAUUUAGAGAAGCUUCUGCAAGAUGCCCACGAGCGGUCAGAGAGCACAGAAGUAGCCUUCGUGACCCAGCUGGUGAAGAAACUGAUGAUCAUCGUGGCCCGGCCUGCUCGGCUUCUGGAGUGCCUGGAGUUUGACCCUGAGGAAUUCUACCACCUGUUGGAGGCUGCUGAAGGUCACGCCAAGGAAGGCCAGGGGAUCAAAUGUGACAUCCCACGCUAUAUCAUCAGCCAGCUGGGCCUCACACGGGAUCCCCUGGAGGAAAUGGCCCAGCUAAACAGCUAUGACAGCCCAGACACUCCUGAGACAGACGACUCAGUGGAGGGCCGAGGGGCUGUUUUGCAGCCCAAGAAGACACCGUCUGAGGAGGAGUUUGAGACGAUCAAGCUGAUCAGCAAUGGUGCCUACGGGGCCGUGUUCCUGGUGCGCCACAGGUCCACCCGCCAGCGCUUUGCCAUGAAGAAGGUCAACAAGCAAAACCUUAUCUUGCGCAACCAGAUCCAGCAGGCGUUCGUGGAGCGUGACAUCCUCACCUUUGCCGAGAACCCCUUUGUCGUCAGCAUGUUCUGCUCCUUUGAGACUCGACGCCACCUGUGCAUGGUCAUGGAGUAUGUGGAAGGGGGUGACUGCGCCACGCUGCUAAAGAACAUCGGGGCACUGCCCGUCGACAUGGCACGCAUGUACUUUGCCGAGACGGUGCUGGCGUUGGAAUACCUGCACAACUAUGGUAUUGUGCACCGUGACCUCAAGCCUGACAACCUCCUAAUAACAUCCAUGGGUCACAUCAAACUGACCGACUUUGGGCUGUCCAAAAUAGGCCUCAUGAGCCUGACCACAAACCUGUAUGAGGGCCACAUUGAGAAGGAUGCCCGGGAGUUCUUGGACAAGCAGGUGUGUGGGACCCCCGAGUACAUCGCUCCUGAGGUGAUCCUGAGACAGGGCUAUGGGAAGCCGGUGGACUGGUGGGCCAUGGGCAUCAUCCUGUAUGAAUUCCUGGUGGGCUGUGUUCCUUUCUUCGGGGACACUCCAGAGGAGCUGUUUGGACAAGUGAUCAGUGAUGAGAUUGCGUGGCCUGAGGGUGACGAUGCCCUCCCUCCUGAUGCCCAGGACCUCACCUCCAAGCUGCUCCACCAGAACCCCUUGGAGAGGAUGGGCACAGGCAGCGCUAGUGAGGUGAGGCAGCAUCGUUUCUUCAAGGACCUGGACUGGACGGGCCUGCUGCGUCAGAAGGCUGAGUUCAUUCCACAGCUGGAGUCCGAGGAUGACACGAGCUACUUUGACACUCGCUCAGAGCGUUACCGACAUGUGGAUUCGGAGGAUGAGGAUGAUGCCAAUGAAGAUGACCAUGUGGAGAUCCGUCAGUUCUCUUCAUGCUCCCCGAGGUUUAGCAAGGUGUACAGCAGCUUGGAGAGACUCUCCCUGCUGGAGGAGCGCAGGACCCCGCCCCCCACCAAGCGCAGCCUCAGUGAGGAGAAGGAGGACAAGCUGGAUGGCCUCAGUGGCCUCAAGGGCAAAGAUCGAGGCUGGGUGAUUGGCUCCCCCGAAAUAUUGCGGAAGCGGCUGUCAGUGUCUGAGUCCUCUCAUACGGAGAGCGACUCCAGCCCCCCUCUUGGGGUGCGGCGGCGUUGUUCAGGGGUGCUGGAUGCACCCCGCUUCCCAGACGCAUCUGAUGAGGCAGGCAGCAGCCCCCGGCAGAGCCAGCAGCUGACAGAGGGUGCAGCUUUCCUGACUCCACAGCCUAGAGAGGGUGGCGCUGAGUGUACUUCUGAGCAGCUGGGAGAGCGCAAGGCCCAGGGGGACAAGGAACCAGGUGGGAGUCCUGUGAGCGUCUGUGCCCAGCAAGGCCGCCGGAACAGCCAGGAAGGCCUGGAGAGCUCCACGCCCAAGGCUAUCAGUGACCUGGCUGUGCGGCGGGCACGCCACCGGUUGCUGUCCGGAGAGUCUGGAGACAAGCGCACACCCAGGCCUGCCAACAAAGUCAUCAAAUCAGCCUCGGCCACCGCCCUGUCCCUUCUCAUCCCCUCAGGUGAGGGCAGUCCAGGGUCCGGGGCCAGCCCAGACCACCAUGGAUGCUCCCCCUUGGCCAGCCCGAUGUCCCCCCAUUCCCAGUCAUCCAAUCCUUCAUCCCGAGAGUCAUCCCCAAGCAGAGACUUCUCUCCAGCCAUCAGCAACCUGAAGCCGCCCAUUGUUAUUCACCGAGCUGCCAAGAAGUACGGCUUCACCCUGCGAGCCAUCCGUGUCUAUAUGGGGGACACUGAUGUUUACACCGUGCAACACAUGGUUUGGCACGUGGAGGACGGGGGCCCGGCCAGUGAGGCGGGACUUCGGGAGGGCGAUCUCAUCACGCACGUCAAUGGCGAGCCUGUGCAUGGGCUGGUGCACACUGAGGUGGUGGAGUUGAUUCUGAAGAGCGGAAACAAGGUCUCCAUCUCAACAACGCCCUUUGAGAACACAUCAAUCAGAGUGGGCCCUGCACGCAAGGGCAGCCACAGGUCCAAGAUGGCCCGAAGAGACAGGAAGAGCAGGGGCAAGGAUGGACCUGAGAGCAGGAAGAGGGGCUCCCUGUUUCGGAAGAUCACCAAGCAGGCAUCUUUGCUGCACACGAGCCGUAGCCUAUCGUCUCUCAGUCGCUCCCUGUCCUCUGGAGAGAGCGGGCCUGGCUCUCCAACACAUGGUCAUGGCCACAGCCACAGCUUGGCCCCACGCUCUCCAACCCAGAGCUACCGAGCGGCCCCCGAAGCCUCUCAUUCAGUAGGUGGAAAUUCCUCCCAAAGCAGCUCACCCAGCUCCAGUGUGCCCAACUCUCCAGCCAGCUCUGGCCACAUCCGUCCCAGCUCCCUCCAUGGCCUGGCCCCCAAGCUGCAGCGACAGUACCGCUCACCCCGGCGCAAAUCGGCAGGCAGCAUCCCCUUGUCCCCCCUGGCACACACUCCGUCGCCCACUCCUCAGGCCACAUCUCCCCAGCGUUCCCCAUCUCCUCUGCCUGGCCAUGCCCUAAGCAGCAGCCCUGCUGCCUUCCCAGGAAAGCUGCACUCCUCACCCCCCCUGGGCCGACAGAUCUCAAGGCCCAAAAGUGCUGAGCCACCACGCUCCCCACUCCUAAAGAGGGUCCAGUCGGCUGAGAAGCUGGGGGCAGCCCUGGGGGCCUCAGAGAAGAAGUUGUGUGCCUCCCGCAAGCCUAGCCUAGACCUGGCCCCUUGUGAGGUCAAGAAGGAGCUGGUGCUGCCCAGUGACCCGGGAGACAAGGCCCCGCUCCCCAAGGCAGCCUCACGCAGCCUGGGCACCAUCCGGCAUGACCGAGCUGAGCGCCGGGAGGCCCUGCAGAAGCAGGAGGCUAUCCGUGAGGUGGACUCUUCGGAGGAUGAGGAAGACACAGAUGAUGAUGGCUCUGAGAAUAGCCAGGAUGGACGAGGCCAGGGGCCCUACCGGGCCCUGCCACAGGCAACCCCAGAAGGAGGGGACAUAGGCAAGUUCCUUCCUGCUCACCAGGCCCAAGAGAGUGCCAAAGAAAACCCCUGUGUGCCCCAGAACUCGUGGGGCAGGGCUCGGCUGCCUCCAGCCACCCCUGGCACGCUGAUUAGGACACUGGCUGACGAAGCUGCCUCAGGCACUGUGAUGCAGUUGGUGUCUGAAGAGAGUCAGGCCUCAGGGGCCAAGGCACUCCCUGGUUCCCCUGGUGCCCAGGGCUCUCCUCAGGGUUCCUUGAGUUCUGUGGGUCCUUGGGGUGCCACGUCCACAGAGCCCACACUCCCCCAAGGUGACAGGCAGGCCCAGCCCUGUCUUGAGCCAGCACUGGCAGCACUUUGUCCUUGGCCAUCAGGAAGCCCCCUCCACUGCCCCAGUCCACACCUGAAGCAAGCCCCCGGGAGCAGCUCAGGCCCAAUCCAGCUUUGGCCUCUGCCCCUACAGGUGCCCACCCUCAGCGAGGGUGGGCACAGCUGGGACAUGCUCUCGUCCCAGGUGACUUUGAGCCUUCAACCUGGGUCCAAGCUAGAGGGGCCCUCCAAGCCUAGCCACACCCAGGCCACACAGCUCACCAGCCCUUCCCAGCCCCUGGCCUAUAUCACCCCUAGCCUCAGCCCUGGCCCUUGCUCACCUUGGGAGCCCAAGUGCCCCUGGGCAGAGAAGGAAGAACUAGCUUUGGGGAGCACCAAGGUGCCUGAUGCUGCUGGUGACAGCAAGCAGGCCCCCCAGUGCAAAGGGCACCUGCAGCCCCCUGGGCGUGAAGAGACUGUGUCACCGAGAGCCCUGCACCAACCCCAUGACUGUGCCCUGGCGCAUGAUGACCUUCUGAGAAGAACGUAGCUGCUGGGCCCCGGGCCCGUCCCUCCCACCUGUGUAAUAUAUGCUCAUGGAAAUGACUGGUGUGCCGCUAUCUCUGUGGGGAGCUGGGAGAACGGGGGACCGCGACAGCAGACCAUGCCCAGUGCUGGGCCCAUGCCCCUGCUGGGUCCAGCCCAUCUGAGCUAGUCCUGGCCAUUGUCCAUCUGCGGCCAUCAGAAUCAGGCUUGUGGCUGCAGUCUCGUCCCCCUCGAAGCUGUACAGGACACCGCCCUAGCAGCCAUGGACAGUGACAAAUGGACAGAGGAAGGGAGGGCAGCAGCGUCUCUUUGGGCCAGAGCCCCAGGAAGCUCAGCCCUCCCCUUCCUUUCCCAUGUCCCAAGGCCUGUUCCUCAGAGCCGCAGGCACAUGGCUGGGGAGAGGAAGGGUGUGGGGGAGGGGAGAUGGUUUUCCUGACUCCCAUUUGUGUCUCAGGGUGAGCCUCGAGGGAGGUGUAACUGAAAAAUGGUGCAGUAGGAUCUGAGUUCCCCUAUUCUCUUAGCAAGAGUGGAUGUGGAGGCAAGGGGGAAGGUGGGGUAGGAUCUGGACUGAAGCAAAAGCUGCAUCUGAGAAGGGGUCUUUAGGAAGGAGGAGGAAUGAGGAGGGUGGGCAUCAGUAGGGGCUCUUCUGGAUGACCCCUGGGUUGGGAUUAAGGCCCCGCCCGCCCCCUUGCUGGGUACAGGGAUCUGCUGUACAUCCUGGGUGGUGAAGCUCAGGCCCAGCUCACUGGCCCCUCAAGGCUGCCCACUGAACCCCCGCCCCUUUAUCCACUUGCCUGUGGCUCUUCAAACGCUUCUGUGAAAUUUUUUUUUUUUAACAUGGAAGCAAGCAAGGUUUCACGUGGCCCUGGUGCUUACGCCUAAGAGGGGGAAAGGGGUGGGGCAGGGGCAAGCCGAGGAAGGCUUCAGAAUCAGCAGCCCAGAGUAACCAGAACCAGCUUCCUGGCUGAACGGCAGGACUCUGAAUCACAGUGCCUGGGGGCUGAGGAAAACCUGACCUUCAACUCUGGGACCCAGAGGUUGGGGAAGGGGGUUUCAGUGGUGUGGGGAGGGUGCCUAGUGAUCCCCAGACCUUCCCUAGGGCCUUCAGAAGCGUUACUCAGGAGCGGGGAGGGCCACUACACACAUGAAGUGCCUACUGUGGGCAAGGCACUGGGGAAAGGAAAGCAGGAUGAGACAUCCCUGCCCCAACAGAGCUUAGAAAUUAGGAGCGGAGAGUCAGACCCAGGAGCCAUGAAGCACACCGGGGCAUGGUCGCUGGGGCCACAGCGGUGGUGCAGACUGUACCCCAUCCCCACCCCAGCCCUCCCAUGGCCUACCCCCAGGGAAGUUCUCAUGACAAUCAGAAGGAGUUGAUAGCUGCCCAUCCAUGGUAAUUCCUCCCCCUUCCACCCCUGCUGGGUGAUCCAGUGCUCUUCUUGACCCUUCCGCAUAUUCCUCUGUAUCAAGUGCUGCAGCCCCCUGCCGAUCCCCACCGUGCACCUCUCCAUCGCCCUUCAUUCCAGUUCUGAGACUGUUGUGUGACUUGUUGCUGUGUGUGCUACCAAAAGAGAAGAACAUGGAGUCCAUAAAAGGACUUGGUGAUUUCCCCAAAGUGUCCAGCCCAUUCUCUUCCUCCUUUCUUUCCCCCAUCUUUCUGGGUCCGGCAGAAUAUUAGCGUCUGCCCAAGACGUGUGCUGAUGGAUGAGCACAUCCCAGUCUGGUUUUACUCCACUUGGUCUGUCCCACCCUGGAGUGACCACAGGGCUGGGGUAGGAGCUUCAGCCACGGUCUAGGGAAGGACACCAUCUGCAGGCAGGCGUCCGGUCAGGGCUGGACGUCCUCCAGGACAUCAGUCUCUCAUGACUCUUUUGAUAUUAAUGAUCGGAGGGUCAUUGAACAGGGUUGUUCUGUUCUGCCAAUGCUUCUCAUGGGGCCAUCUGCAAAAUGGCCCGUGGCUCCAACCCCUUCUUUACCCAGAUUCUCAGCGGGUUUGUGACUUGCCUCAUUGUUACAAAGCUGACAGUCUGAGGCAGGUGGUGAGCUCGUGCCCUAAUUCCAAGCCAGGGCCUCUGUCCGCUAUGCCAUGUUGCCUUUUUCAUUUACGCUAGGCACUGUGCAAAGGGCUAGGGAUUCAGAGAUGGAAGUGAAGCUGUUACGCCCUUGGGCUCCCAUUCGAAGGGAAAAGACGAUGUAUUUAGACAAAAUUCAAGGAUUUUAGGGAGCUGCAAGACUAGUGUCUUAGGCCAGGGGUGAGGGUGGGGGUGGUAGUCAGGAAGAGUUUUUCAUAGAAGGUGGUGCUUGAGUCUUCAAGAAGGGUAUUCCAUGAGGCAGAAGUGAAAAGAGGGAAUUCCAGGCAUAGUGGACAGCCUUUGCGAAAGCAUGGAAACCGAACAGUAACUGGCACCACAGGGCCUUGGAUUUUCUGCAACUGUCAGCCAGAUGGCAAAGGGGAGGGGGAGGGGCGUCCCCUACGGCUUAUCGCUUGUGGAAGCCUGUCUGCUUCUCUGAGCCCCGAGCGAUCGAAUGUGUCCUCCAGCCCGAAGGUGAAAAACUAGACAUGCACUUGGGUGUCUGUUAACAAUCACUCAGUUUUUUUUUAUUUUUAGUAAUAAUACUUGAGAUUGGGGCAGCUAGGUGGUGCAGUGGAUAGA